AUGGAGACUUUCAAGGGCGAAACGGCGCACGAGAUUGGUGUGGAACUCGACCGCACUGAUCUGCUAGAUCCUUCAUCCGUCCAAGCUGCCUUAGUCGCGGUCAAAACGUACGCGCUGGCCAAGAUGCGCAAGUCGAAAUCGAAUGCCGUUGGACAACCCGGUGGCAAAUUAGAAGUUCUCGAGCGCAAGUAUGGCAAUGCGGGGUAUCACGACAUCUUCUACCUGGCUCGCCUUGAGCUCCAGUUUCCUCCAAGCAAUGUUCCCUUACCCCACCCUUCGCCGGCUGUCACACGCCGCCUCGAAGCGGCCGGGUUUCCCUUCUGGGAUAAUCUCUUGGUGUUACCGCCCACCCGGCCUGCGAGUAUAAGUAGUGGGAGCACCGUUAGCGCCAAGACUGUGAACCCCCCGCGCGCGCGAAGCAACAGCUCCUUGACGUUUGCACCUGCAAUCUCGGCGCGCUCGGCGUACAAGAUUCCAGGCGCUCUGCUGGCCAUCGCCCCUCAACCCAGAAAGACUGCAACUGUAUCGACCCGCUCCGCUUUGAAAGUUCCUGGUGCCCUCCUCAACCCUCCACCACCACCCGACGACAUGCCCUUCAACUCGAAAAAAACCGGCAAGGCUUUUGGCAAAGCGUUCGGAAGGUCGUUCACCGCCAUGUAUGCCACCGCCGGCGUAGUCCCCGUCAGCGUUGCCACCCCUGCCCAUACAAGGAUGCAAGUGCACCCCACCAGUGUGCCAAAGUCCGACAGGGACGAGCAGGGAGACGAUGCAAGGGACCGAACAGAGAAGGAUCACCAAUCGACAUCAGAUGAGCCGGUCCGCCACAUUCCGACAAAGUCGGUGCGCGACAGCCCAGCAGAGGUCACACGAGUCCCGCAGUACUCGUCCGACCAGGUUCCAUCGGAGCGUCACUUGUCCUCCCACUUGAGGCCUCCUCUCCCCCAACAGGACUCCCGUCCUGAGAGCGGGUUGCUGCCAGACAAUUCGUCUGUCGUCCCAGGUGUGGGGUACCGGGACGAGAAGCAUGCCAUCAUGACAUCUUCUGUCCUCGGUCCAGUCGACAGCGAUCGCAACGCCGGACGCUGGCCCGACCACACAUACGCGAACACCAAGCAUUCGUGGGGGUCGCAGAUGCACUCGCUCGGCGAGGAGGAUGACAACAUUCGCCAGCUGUUCAAUGCUCUUCCGCCCGACGCGCAGGCGUUGGCAUACGCCCGCCUGGCAGAACAGCGAGAACGGAAGCAACAGGCUGCGACGAACCGCAAUCAGGUGGUGAUGACCGAGAGGGAAGCGGAAGCCUGUAUCGAACAGGAGCUGCGCGAGAAGGGCCGCGCCCGGGAGGAACGCAAGAGGUUACAACAAGGCCACGGCAAGUCUGGACACGUGGACAAGCCAGACUGCGAUAACUGGGACGCCUACGACGGCGCUUACCUCUCCAGUCCUGCUGGUCGCAUGGUUCCGCCAGUUCCAAGCCGACAGCAAUCGGCCGACACCGCUGCGCUUCAGCGCCAGGUUUCCAACACGCGUCGAGUACCCGCGGGUCCCAGGCGCAGACUCUCGCCUCAAGAGGAGGUCGAGGAACAGAUCGCCCAACUGUUUGAGGCACAGACACUUCCGCCGCGACCAGCCCACGCUCCAGCCAGGCACACGAGCUUGAGAACGCGCUCAUCAGACUCCCCGUCGACCAUCUCACACUUUGAGGGCCCACCGCGCACCCUCUCUGACCCCGCGGCACCACGCGCCUUCGCCCCGCCUCGUACGCGGUCCGAUCCCCCUGUGCCACGCACCUUGGUCCCGCCCCGCCCAGAGCAUGAUCCUGUCCAUGCAUGGCCGUCGCCUCGGCCGCGGCUGACCUCGUCGCCUUCCCGUUCGCCCGAGCUGCCGCACUACAACUUGGACUUCGCUGGGCCGCCGUCCCAGAUGUCGACGCCGCGAACCAGGGCCGCAGGUGGCGAUGCCGAGGUGCGCGCCGCUCUUGCGGCAAAGAUCAAAGCAUUGCAAGCGGCCCUCAGCACUCUGGACGUCGAAGACGACGACGAUGUUUCCGAGAUUGCGAGCGCAGAGCAUCUCCCAAUGUCCCAUCGCAACGACAUGUACUUGUUCCCCUCGACCCCCGCCCAGUCGCCAGCCAUCAGCCCAAAGGGGACUAUGCGAGUUCCCAGCCCCGCGGACUCUCCCACCCGUCCGGAGAACCCAGCAGAGCACACCCGUCCGGAGAAAACUGCAGAACCCACCCCAUCGCAUUUCGGCUGGAUGCAAGGCGCUCCCGAGUGGCUCCAAUCCCGCCCAGGGCCCAUAGGAGACCUCUCAGCGCGUGCAGGGACUCACUCUCACUCUCCGCGCACAUCCAUUCACAAGCUGGGAGUGUCGCAGUCUCAACCCCAACCCCGAGGCGGGAUGCCGAACCCCGCCCCUCGUCCACGACCUGUUGGGCCGCACGACAUUCUCAGGCUCGACGACCUCCUCACUCCCCAACCUCGGGCCAACGCCCGGCCCAUUGGCCUGCGCGAUCAGCUGACAGUGGAGGCCGAGCCAAUUUCGCUGCCCAGCUCGGAGCUGGGCAGCAACCAUAUCAUAGACAACUACGACCACCGGGGAUUCCGACGCACCCCGCCGCCAGAGUACACAACUAUCGGGCCAGACUUAUCGGUAACAGGUAACAGACUGUACGCUGCCAUGUCGACCCAGCCCAAGAAUGCCGAGCCAAUACCUUCGGGGAGUGUUGUGCUCAUCUCGCCCACCAACGAGGUGCUCAUGCUGCACCGUGUGCGCACGGCAUCAGCCUUUCCCUCAGCGCACGUGUUUCCCGGUGGCAAGGUGACGGAGGAGAUAGAUGGACCUGUACCUCCACCCGGCGACCCGCGUCGACACGUCGACAGCACGACGUAUCGCCUCUGUGCGAUCCGUGAAACGUUUGAGGAAAGUGGUGUACUCCUCGCCAGGGAUCCUAAGACGGCGCGCCUGAUCGAUCUUCCCAACCAUACGCGGAGGGAAAUGCGUAAAGCUGUCCAUGGCGAGCAAGUCAAGUUUACCGACUGGCUCAAAGAUCUCGGCGCCGAGCCUGAGCUUGACGCUCUGAUUCCCUUCACGAGAUGGAUAACGCCGCCCGGUUUCCCCAAACGCUUUUCAGUCCAGAUGUACCUCUACCUCCUACCUCUGGACUACGAUGGUCCUUUAGACCCCGAAGACGACGGCGGGCUCGAACACACCCAAGCUGAGAUGGCGCCCCCGACACAAUGGAUGGCACGCGCCCUGGCCGGCAACGUGACCAUGUAUGAGCCGCAGGCAUUUAUCCUCUCGGUCCUCGCCCAGUUCCUCACUGGACCAGGCGAUUAUGCCGCCCAGAGAGCGGCGUUGAGCUCGUGGCUAUGGCGGUUCCCGACCGGCAAGACGGAACAUUUCACCGCACAGAUUCCAUGGGCCGAUAAGGUGUUCUGUCCCGUCUCAGUUGGGUUUACGGCUGCUGGAAAAGAGAUUCUGGCUAUGGAACCCGCGGGACCAGACCUCGAGGGACAGGGACGGGGAGGGGACUAUGACCGCGUCGUGCUGGUAAACGACUGGGUCAAGAGCUCUAGACAUAUCGAGGUACGCUUGCGUGAUCAAGUUGAGGCCGAGGGACUUGCUUCUACGCCGCCCAAGAGCCGAGUGUGA